AUUAUUCUAUUGUGUGAAGAUAAAUUGAGGUUAUGUGAUCUGGUUUCUGGCUUUCAAGGUUGCUGAUAUAUUUUGGUUAAAGUACACUUAAAUCAAUGAAAAUACACUCUGAUGGCAACAAAAAUUUCUUCAAUUAUAAUGCGACGAUACAGCAAUAACCCCCAAACGGUUUUAACCGAAAAAAUUGGAGAAAUCGUUACCAUUGGUAUAAACCGGCCAGAGAAACGAAACUGUGUUGAUCCCAGCACAGCCACUUUACUCCGUAACUCUAUUGAAGAUUUUGAAAAUGAUAACACAGUCAAAGCUGCUGUUUUAUACGGGACAGGGGGCAACUUCUGUGCCGGUUACGACCUAAACUCCCUAUCUCAAAUGGACAACUCUGACACCACAUUUAACCCUCAAGGCCAGAUGGGCCCAACUUUACGUUUCAUAAAAAAACCAAUGGUAGCUGCCAUAAGCGGAUACGCUGUUGCGGGCGGCUUGGAGUUGGCUCUAAUGUGCGAUUUGCGGGUCAUGGAGGAAACUGCAGUUUUGGGGGUGUACUGUAGACGGUUUGGUGUUCCUUUAAUCGACGGGGGCACAGUGAGACUUCAAGCAAUGGUUGGGCUAUCAAGAGCGUUAGAUUUAAUCCUCACAGGGCGCUCUCUUAAUGCCAAAGAAGCCUUUGAGUGGGGUGUAGCAAACAGGAUUGUGGCAUGUGGGACAGCCCUGGGACAAGCAAUCCAACUCGCGAAUUCGCUAGUCAAAUUUCCUCAGGAGUGUUUGCUGACUGAUAGAAAUUCAACAUAUAAUGCGGCUUUCAAUUCAGCGUAUUUAGAUCUUUUGAAAUAUGAACAAGAGAAUGGAGUUAAAGUGGUGAGGACUGAAUCUAUCGCGGGGGCUAAAAGAUUUGUUGCCGGUGUAGGAAGACAUGGAAAAUCGACGAAUUUGAAAGUGCCAGACUUGAAAGUUUGGGAGAAGGAGUUUGAAACUAAGAGUAAAUUGUGAAUGUGUUGUGUACUAGUCAAUUUAGUUAAUAAAUCUAUUUUUUAAAUUUUA